UAUAAAUAAUUUUGUCCUGCGGUACACCACGGGUCCUAAUCUAGUAUACACUUAUAGUAGUAGCUCAAAUUAACAUAAAAACUCAAUUACUCAAACACUGAAGUCUUAAAAUCCCAAAGAUGUCUCUCUUUACGCUCUUCUUCGCUUGCUUUGUUCCGAACUCAAGUUCACGGGUUAACACAACCGACGACACUAACUUGGAAGUCAUGUCUACUUUAAAAAGACGGAAAAGCAAACCCGAGUCCCUAAGAACUCCGUCUCCCAUAAUCAUCGUCUCUUAUUUUCCAGCAAGCUCCACCCUUUCCCGUCUUUAGGAACUAGGAAGGAUGAAAAGUUGGGUUUUGUAGUGUGAGAAGACAGUGACACGACCAAGAAAGGAUAUGUGGCUGAUACUAUAUAUUGAUCCAGACCAAUAUUUAUCUGUCUCUUUUGUUUGUUUGAUUACGUACCAUUCAAAGAAUCUGCUUU